AGUUAGUCUUAAGAGUAAGAGGACACAGCGGUGCAGCCCCAAAAAAUAUUCUUUUGAUUUGCAUAUUUUUACUUCACGUGAAAAUUAGCUCGUGAGCGGUCACUUGUAUGUGCUUGCUUAUAAAUAAAAGCUUUUAUUUACUACACUCACACCUGCAGCGACGGCACGACACCUUGUUACGAUUUUGCGCGCUUUUGACGAACAUUUUGUACGCUCAGUGUUUAUUUGGUGCUCCACUCCGCCGGUUGCUGACAACGAGCACGAAAACGAAAGCGGCCAAACCGAAAUAAAACGUGGCGCAGCGAAGAUAACUGGAAAGUCGAAAAACACUUGAAUGCCUGCGAUUUGAUGGCCAUCAUUAUCAAAUUGAUUGCUGCUAUUGUUGUUUCUAAUAAAGUGCCUUCUCGGACGCUAUACUAUCGAGCUUGAGGUUAUGUGUUUACAAUUAAUUACAUUUUAUUUAUUGUGAAAUCGUUGAUAUGCCAAAAAAGUGUCGCAAUUGAGGAACUGUGAAAAAUUAACAAAUUUUCUUACUUAAAAAAGCAAACAUAAACAAGUGAGCAGUGCCAGUGCUUUUGCCAUGAAUUCAGUGUGGAGAGUGGGCAUUUUCGCUAAGAAUGCAGCAGUAGCCAUAACAAAACCAUGCCAUGUUGGGUCGAGCACUCGUUUCAGGUACGCAAGUAUCGCAACAGGUGUCGCGGAUCCCAAAACACAACUGUCGGACGACAAGCCAGCGUCAGCAUCAAACACAGUCGCCGCGGCGGAACCAGCUCCGAGCUUUGACCAACAGCGCAUAUUAAAUAAGGCACAGGUUAAGCCGAUAAGCAGUCAACCGUUGACAGACACUUUUGGACGUCACCACACAUAUCUGAGGAUCUCAUUGACCGAGCGUUGCAAUUUGCGCUGUCAAUACUGUAUGCCAGCCGAAGGUGUACAACUGCAACCAAAGUCAAAUCUGCUAACCACCGAAGAAAUUCUCUACUUAGCGCGAAUUUUCGUUGAGCAAGGGGUGCGUAAAAUUCGUCUAACCGGCGGUGAGCCAACGGUACGACGCGACAUAGUCGAUAUCAUAGCCCAAAUAAAGUCCAUACCCAAACUGGAGAGUGUCGGUAUUACUACAAAUGGCCUAGUAUUAACACGUCUCUUGCUGCCGAUGCAGCGUGCCGGCCUGGAUGCGGUGAAUAUUAGUUUGGAUACGUUGCGCCCGAAACGUUUCGAGGAAAUCACACGACGCAAGGGCUGGGAGCGCGUUAUAGCCGGCAUUGAUUUGGCCAUACAGCUGGGCUAUAAGCCGAAAUUGAACUGUGUGCUUAUGCGCAAUUUCAACGAAGACGAAAUUUGCGAUUUUGUCGAAUUCACCAAAGAUCGUGCAGUGGAUGUGCGUUUCAUAGAGUAUAUGCCAUUCACGGGCAACAAAUGGCAAACCGGUCGGUUGAUUUCUUUCAAGGAAUCAUUGGACAUUAUAAAGAACAGAUGGCCUGACUUCGCGGCGCUGCCCAAUGGCCCAAAUGACACAUCAAAAGCGUAUGGCGUACCUGGCUAUAAAGGACAAGUAGGCUUCAUAACAUCUAUGACGGAGCAUUUUUGCGGUUCCUGUAAUCGUUUACGGCUCACCGCAGACGGAAAUAUUAAAGUGUGUCUAUUUGGCAAUAAAGAAUUUUCGCUACGUGACGCUAUACGCAAUAAUUGCUCCGAAGACGAUCUGAUUACGUUGAUUGGAACGGCAGUGAGUCGAAAGAAGAAGAAGCACGCUGAUAAUUUCAUUCAUGAUAAUGUCACAGCAGAAAUGCAUCACAUCUCUCGCAAAACUUUUGACAUUCGGAAGCAACAAAGGAUUCAUUCUCAACGAUAUCGCAACUACAUUUCAUCGCCAGACACAUUACCCGUUCUUACCAAUCUAAUGGGCGCACAGUUAACAACAAAAUAUCUGACACAAGCACGUUUUUUCUCUAAAACGAGCUCAAAUAGAAAUUCGGACAAUAAUUGCGCAAAUUUAACGCACGUUGACUAUGCUGGCAAAGCUCAAAUGGUGGAUGUCACCGCGAAACAAAGCAGUGAACGCGUAGCCGAAGCACGUGCCACCGUGAUAGUGGGGCCAACUAUUGCUCAACUCAUACACGCAAACAACUUGCGCAAAGGUGAUGUGCUUAGUGUGGCCCAAUUGGCUGGCAUAAUGGGCGCCAAAAGAACUUCGGAACUAAUACCGCUAUGUCACAACAUAUCAUUAUCCUCCGUAAAGGUUGAGGCGAAGUUAAAUCUUGUAAGCAAUAGCGUGGAACUAUUUGGUCGUGUGAAGUGUACAGGUCAAACGGGUGUGGAAAUGGAGGCGCUGACGGCUGUUGCAUUGGCCGCGCUUACCGUUUACGAUAUGUGUAAAGCCGUCUCACACGACAUAACAAUAACGGAUAUAAAACUUUGGGGCAAAAGUGGGGGUAAAAGGAAUUUUGAACGUAGUAAAAAUUAGAUAAAUUUAAUUUAUAAUAUAAAUAUGUAAAUUGCAUUACAUUAACAUUAUGAAAUUAUUAUUACAUGUACCGUGGUAAUGAAAUUAACAGAUCCUGAAAAAUUGUUGAAAA